AUGAUUCCUCCAUCAGUUGCUGCUGAGCCCUGGGCACCCAGUGAGUCUGGGCCUCCAAGUGCAGUGUGGCAUUAUCUGCCUUUCUGCAGUGUGAGGAUAAGCCAGCAGAUUGGGAGCAAUAUUUUUGGAAACAAAUAUUUAAGAAAUACCCAACACCUAAGUGGCUUCUCAGGUGGCUCAGUGGUGAAGAAUCUCCCUGUCAAUGCAGGAGAUGCAGGUUCGAUCCCUGGGUUGGGAAGACCCGCAGGAGUAGGAUAUGGCAACCCACUCCAGGAUUCUUGCCUGGAGAAUCCCAUGGACAAAGAUCAGACACGACUGAGCACGCAUACAUGCCAAUCCCCAAGUCCUUGA